CGCUGGACUGGCCAGGUGAGCGGCCCAGAAACCCAAAGCCCUGGGGCUGAUCAGCCGCCCGGCCAGGGCACUGCCCGCGGGCUGGGCGCACAGCCCUCUCCCCGCCCAGGCCACGGUUCCGGAGUCUGAGCCGGGGCCGCGCCGCCCGCCUGCCCGGCUCUCUGGAGUUCUUGCCCAGCGCCGAGCUGCCGCCCUGCGCCCCAAACCCCGCGGCAGGGGACCACCUGGCUCUCCAGCUACGCCUUGGCGAGCCCUGCGCAGCCUCGCUCCGAGCCCGCGCUCAGGCACCCCCUGGAGCCCGGCCUCGCCUGCUGGAGCCUCGAGCAUCCCGCCGGCACUGGGGGCAGGGACAGCAAAGAGGGGCGGGCCGAGCUGGGGUGGCCUCGGCGUCCAGCUGCCUCUCCCCGCUUCUGCGCUGGCAGCGCGAGCGCAACUCCCGCCCCAGCCUGGGCAAGAGCUUCAAAAAGAGGAGAAACAGACCAGGAACUCUGGGAGACGCAUCCUUGUCCCUAGCCCCGGGAUGAAGAAGCCUGGCCCUUGACAGCGGCGCGCCAGAGGCCGCAGGCUGAGAAUGGAGCCGGGUACUGUACCCCAAGGAUGCUGACAGGGACCCUGACUCAUUAAGGGAGAGCUCUGUCAGCGCAGAGGAAAAACAUCGGUUCUACAGAUAUCACUCCUGCAGAAUUCCCAGCAGUGUCACUCACAGCACUGCCGGGCCAGAUGGAGAUCACUAUGGCGGCCAUGGAUGAGAACACCACCAAUUCCUCCACUACCUUCCUUUCUGUACUCGACUCCCACGAAGCCCAAGCUGCUUCCCUGCCAUUCAACUUCAGCUACGGUGACUAUGACAUGCCUUUGGAUGAAGAGGAGGAUGUGACCAAUUCCCGGACUUUCUUUGCUGCCAAGAUUGUCAUUGGCAUGGCCCUGGUGGGCAUCAUGCUGGUCUGUGGCAUUGGCAACUUCCUCUUUAUUGCUGCCCUGGCCCGCUACAAGAAGCUGCGCAACCUCACCAACCUGCUCAUCGCCAAUCUGGCCAUCUCUGACUUCCUCGUGGCCAUUAUCUGUUGUCCUUUUGAGAUGGACUACUACGUGGUGCGCCAGCUGUCCUGGGAGCACGGCCAUGUCCUGUGUGCCUCUGUCAACUACCUGCGCACCGUCUCUCUCUACGUUUCUACCAAUGCCCUGCUGGCCAUCGCCAUUGACAGGUAUCUGGCCAUUGUCCACCCGCUGAGACCGCGGAUGAAGUGUCAAACGGCCACUGGUCUGAUCGCCUUGGUGUGGACGGUGUCCAUCCUCAUUGCCAUCCCCUCGGCCUACUUCACCACCGAAACCAUCCUCAUCAUUGUUAAGACCCAGGAGAAGAUCUUUUGUGGCCAGAUCUGGCCAGUGGACCAGCAGUUCUACUACAAGUCCUACUUCCUCUUCAUCUUUGGCAUCGAGUUCGUGGGCCCCGUGGUCACCAUGACCCUGUGCUAUGCCAGGAUCUCCCGGGAGCUGUGGUUCAAGGAGGUCCCCGGGUUCCAGACGGAGCAGAUCCGGAAGCGGCUGCGCUGCCGCCGGAAGACGGUGUUGGUCCUCAUGGGCAUCCUCACUGCUUAUGUGCUGUGCUGGGCGCCCUUCUAUGGCUUCACCAUUGUGCGUGACUUCUUCCCCACUGUGUUCGUGAAGGAGAAACACUACCUCACUGCCUUCUACAUCGUCGAGUGCAUCGCCAUGAGCAACAGCAUGAUCAACACACUGUGCUUCGUCACCGUCAAGAACAACACCAUCAAGUACUUCAAGAAGAUCAUACUGCUUCACUGGAAGUCUUCAUACCUCGGGAGUAAGUCGAGUGCUGACCUUGACCUUAAAACCACCGGGAUGCCUGCCACAGAAGAGGUAGACUGCAUCAGACUGAAGUGACCCCACUUGCAAAGUGGAAAUAGCAGACAAGAUCUUUGGGACAGUGACCGAUGUGCUUGUGUACAUGCCUCAACAAAGAACUCUUGGUUCUCAGCAGAGGGAGAGUAAGUGGGCAACCACAGGGACACUGUGUUCAAUGAUCUCGAAAUUUCUAAAACAAAUGAGACAAGACACUGUCAUUAGUGGUCAUUAUUCAUUGAAUGUCCAAUUUGUGCAGAGAGUGGGCCCUGAUGAAACCUAGUAUGUUGGUGAAAGGUAGCUGACAAAACAAAACAGAAAUUAAACCAAGUCAAGUGUGAUGCAGACUGUAUGGAAUAAGGAGGUUUCCACAAGGAGGCUGGAGUACUUUUCUUUGGAGUGUGAGGUAUCUUUAGAUCAUCUCAGCUGCUCAUCACACACUGGUCUCAUUCAUUUCUGGGAGUGUCCUUAGACUUGAGUCCACUCCUAACAUUUGCAAGGUUGGGCUAAGCGGGCAGAAGAAGUUCCCAUCUCUUUCUGCAGCCCUUCACAUUUCAUCCUUGGUCUGACCCUCACUGUGAAUGGCCUUGCAUGCAAGCACAGGGACAUGCCAUGUUUUGUGUCCAAGUUUGCACGCCCCCCCAACACUUUUCUAUAGCCACACCCUUGUCCCCAACCCCAAUCCUGGGACUCUGCACAUCUGUCCCCUUGGCUUCAUGGACUGUCACCCCAGAGGAAGAAGGUACAGGUGAGGGGAGUCAGAAUUCCUUGUGUGGGGCUCAGGUUCUCUGGUUGUAAGGAUGACGUUGCUUUACCUCUGUUAUUCUGGCUUGGACCAUUAGGCUUCCCCCUUGAGUCGUUCCCUUCCUUCUCAUGCCUGUAUGCUGUGAGGUGAGGAGGCUUUGAAUGUAAACAUGUGGAUGUGGAUUAUUUCACUCUGUUCCCCAGCUCUCAAGUAUGAGAGGAAGAGCUCCCUCCGAACCAACCAGGCUGAUGAGGCACCCUCACCGCUGUGACUGGAAGGCAGGAUGCAUUUAUUACUGUGCCUGUAUCCCAUCCCAGUCAUGAUUCCUUUGGAAUUUAGACUCACUUCUCUUAUAAGAUAGAAGCACUCUUGGGAGGAACAGGCCGUUCCUUGUCUAUUCUUCAGCAUAAAGUCACGGCUCCAGGCAGGAGACGUAGUUCAGUGGUAGAGCUCUGUGUAUCAGGGAAGAAGAAGAAUAUGAAUUGCUGGGGGCAGGACCAACAGUGAACUAUGGUGAUCCCACCAGUUUACUGAAGCCUCAUCCCACGUUUUACCCUGCCUCUUUCAUUUAGUGUUUGAAUUUGGAGUUUCGGAUCCAGAAGAUCUAAAAUCCAGCCUUGGCAUUUGUCUAUGUGGCCCUCAGAAAACCUCUCUGAGACAAAAGUAAUACCUGUGGUACUUACUGUCAGGGUAGCUUUGAAAGCCCAGAAAAUUAUGUGUGAGAAAAUGCUUUCAACCACACAAGUAGUCAAAAGAAUGUAUUAAAACCUGUGUGAUGUGCUUGGACAAAGACCUACUUACUACCUUGGCUUCUGUAGCCAAAAAACUUACCAUCACCUCCUUUUAUCUUUCAUUCUGUGAAUUAUAUUCCCUUACCCUUCUGAGCAGUGUGGCAUGCAUUAUGUUCCCAGUGAUGUGUGGUACAGACAAGGCUGUGAAAUUUGAUGACAGAGUGUAAAGGAUCUGACAGAUGAAUCUCCUGUCGGGAGAUGAGUCAAGGUUUUGAAAACUCUAGCAUUAGAGCAUCUUUGGGAUCUCGGAAGUACUAACCACCUUCCCCUAUGUAUUCCCUGUCAAUAUGAAUCUGAGCAAAAUAGUAAUGUUUCCCAGUCUGCUUUUAUUCCAAUAAGCAUGGAGAGCUACAGAGUGACUUGCCCUUUCUUAUUUAAUUCAAGAACAGGACAUUUAUAAGGUUAAGUGAUUACUGUGUGAUAUGUACCCUCCAUAUAUAGUCAGCACUGCAUUAUUGACACUAAAGUUUAUUUUUUAUUGUUUAUUUCCUUAGAAAAUUUACCUGUUUUAAAGACUUGCCUUUUUUUCUGUAUUUCCUUUUGGUACCCAAAGGACCCUGCAGUUUAUUUAAAAUUCUCUCAAACAAUAAAAAUCAGUUAAAGUAUUAACCUAAACCAAAUACAUGUUGGAGAGCAAUUCUUAUUUUUUAAGUAAAAUUUUAUGUUACAUUGUAAAAUCACUUGUUAGUUUUGGGAUUAAAAGUAAGAAAGUUAUACAGUUUAUUUGGGCUAUAUUAACCAUUUCCAUGAAGAUUGCUAAGCAAGAGUUGAUUAUGUUGGAUAAUCUUUUUCUUACAUGACAACCAAACUCCAUCUUGCUUUUCAGACUAAAAUAUAUGUGUUCUUACUUGUUUAACUCUCUGUAAUUUCUAGAUAUUAUUGUUGGCUUGUGAUUUUAUAGUAACAAAACUGUGUGGUUACCAAGUAAAAUAAAAAUAAAUGUG